UAACAGAAAAUAUUAUUCUUCAUUUCAGCUUCAGGGACUGGAAUGGAUGGUUUCACUCUAUAAUAACAAUCUGAAUGGGAUUUUAGCUGAUGAAAUGGGUCUGGGAAAGACAAUACAGACUAUUGCACUUAUCACUUACUUGAUGGAGCACAAAAGGCUCAAUGGCCCCUAUCUCAUCAUUGUUCCUCUUUCGACGUUAUCCAACUGGACGUACGAAUUUGACAAGUGGGCUCCUUCUGUGGUGAAGAUAUCUUACAAGGGUACACCUGCAAUGCGCCGUUCACUUGUUCCUCAGCUUCGAAGUGGAAAAUUUAAUGUUCUUUUGACUACGUAUGAGUACAUAAUAAAGGACAAACAUAUUCUUGCUAAGAUUCGAUGGAAAUACAUGAUAGUAGAUGAAGGUCAUCGAAUGAAGAAUCAUCACUGCAAACUGACUCAAGUCUUAAACACUCACUAUGUGGCCCCUAGACGAAUACUGCUGACUGGGACACCAUUGCAGAACAAAUUGCCUGAACUGUGGGCUCUUCUCAAUUUUCUUCUUCCAACCAUUUUCAAGAGCUGUAGCACCUUUGAACAGUGGUUCAACGCUCCAUUUGCCAUGACAGGAGAGAGGGUACUGUAUCAGGAUUUUUUAAAUUUUUUUAUUUUUUUAAACAUCAGAAACAAAACACUUUGCAUGAGCUCCAUUUUGUUUUCAGAAGCACAGUAGCACUUGAACUCUCUC